AUGCCCACGUCCACAUCCGACGCGCUCGUGGCCAUCGCCGAGCGCAUUCUCGGCCAGGUGGCCGGGCUCUCCACGGCCGAGAUCUCCAAGCGCGGGCGCAAGUACCGCUUUGUGAACAAGAACUUCCAACGUGUGCGCGAGGAAGACAAGCAUUUGACGGUCUGCCCGGAGCGGCCGCAGGACCAUGUAUCCGUGGUGCUGGCGCACGGCAUCCUCGCGGCCAUCCGGGCGGACAUCUUCGACACCCACCCGGACCUCUGCCUCAUGAUCAUAGGCGUGGCGCGGGCGCUCGAGGAGAACCACUGGUACGAGGAGGAAAACUCGUCGGUGGUGCACUUCGACGUGCAGCGGCCCGCGGUGGCGCCGGGCCAGGCGCAGGCCGCCGUGCGCUUUGCGGAGCGUGUCACGGACACCCACUUGGCGCAGGGCUACAACGUGCUCUACUGCGCCAAGUUGAACUUCCUCCACACGGACCACCACGUGGGCUCGCGGCUCGAGGGCGCGUGCAUGCGCGAGUACGUGGCGCGGUACUUUGGCGCCGCGGCGCUCGAGCUGCCGGACGUGCUCGCGGCGCUCAAGAGCUUCUCGCACUGGGCGCACAUCAAGGGCCUCCUCUACCGGCUAGGGCUCCCGCACAUGGACGUGGACGACGCGUUGGCGCGCCGCUUCGCCGCGUUCCCGGCCCCGCCGCCGGACCUCGCGGCGUACGUGCACGCACGCAGCCCCUCCGGCACGUCCAGGUUCGCGUUGGUGUGCAAGGCCCUCGACCACCUUGCCCAGUACAAGUACGCCCGCUUGGUGCCGUACCCGCACGGGCCGCUUUUCGACUGCCGCUGGGCCUUCGCCUUGUGCGCCGACAUUGCGCGCGACCCGGCCCGGUACCAUCUCCGGGCCAAGGCCAAGAGGUUGUCGCGCGACCCGGCCAACCUCCCGGAGUUGGCGCAGCGCUGGGGCGGCCACAUCGACGCCUUGUUGCUGGCGGUGUGCUUGGUUCUCCACGUGUUCCCGGACACGGCCGGCGAGUGCUUUCUCCACAGCCGCGUCCCGCUGUUCUCGGACGCCAUGGUCGCCCGGCACGCGGACUACUACCAGCAGUUGCUCGCGGUGGCCCGCGAGAUCGACGACUACGAGCGCAAGGGCUGGGCGCCCGAGGACAUCGUGCUCCGCAUGCACAAGGCGCACGUGCCCAGCUGGCACGACGAGGUCGCGCGGGCCAAGAACCACGCCUGA